UUCAUUGUGCUGCGUAUGAGUUUUAUUUCCUGUUUGAUAUUACUUUUACAAUACGCAAAAUAUUAUAUUGUAUUAAAGUUUUAAAUGUGUGGAAUAGAUAAAAAACGAGGAGCUAGUCACUUGUGAAUUGUUCAAUAUGUAAUGUUUUAACGUGUUUCCUGUGAUAUAAAUAAUUAUAAAAUGUCCUCUCGUCAUCAAGAACCACUGUUUCGUAUUAUCAAAUAAUAGAGUUUUUCGUGACAAGAUUAUUUUAAUUACUCUUAUUGGUCAUACUUAAAUACGUCAUCUAUUAGUGAUUGAAGAAAGAUUUUGGAGACAGACAAUUUUAUUAAUGAAUAAACAUUAGGUGUCCGGUAAUCGUAAAACAUGAACGGUAAUAACAUAAUGAGGGAAUCAAACGUCGGAGAGAAGGUUAAAGUAAAGAGAAACGGGUGCUGGGCCAGGUUCAUUAGUUUGUUUGAAGAGAGAGGAUUCGAUCUAGAAUUUGAAUACCACUGUAAUAAUACUAUUAAUGUUUUAAAAGAAAAUCAAAGUGAAAGUGAAGGCUAUAAAAAACUCGAAGAAAGUAGAAAUUCAAUCCGCAAAAAAUCUGAAGAAAUAGUGAAUAUAGAUGGGGAAUUAUCGGGAGUUAUAAAUUUUUAUGAGCAAUUUGCUUCACUGAAUGAUGACUCGAAGGAGGAAGUUUUAGAAAAUAAGCGAAGAUCCACGCUACGUCACAGGGUCUCUAUGAGACCGAGUUUACUCUUAACUAACAUAGCAGAAGAAACAGCUGAUGUUGACGAGGAACAGAACAGGUCGCCACCACCGUCGCAAGUCCCGUCAGCCUUACUGUACGCCCCCGCGGAGCCAUUAGAGCUGCUAUGUGUGUUCCCGGAGCGAGGGUCUCGCGUCUGUGCUGCAGCCUGCAGCGCGGCUGCCAGGUCAGGGGGCGAGUCGCGGGCUGUUCGCUCUGCCAGAGAAGCCUUGGACGCUUUCAGACGAGACCAAGACGCAAGACAACCCCACGUUGUCGUGAUUGACGCCCGACAAAUACAGCUCAUGGACGCUACCUUAUUGGCACGUGCUAUACGCGGAAUGAAGAACACGCAACACGUCAUCUUAAUCGCAGUGGUCAAAAAAAGUGCAUAUCUGAAAGAUGACUUUGCCGUACUACCUUAUCUGGAAGCUGGCUUCAAUAGGAUUAUGGUGGAAACUCUUAGCGCUUCAGCGUGGUGUGCGGAAAUGCUUCAAGCUAGGGCAGCGUCAGCAACAGCUCGUGCACAAAUCGGCGCUGUGGCAGCGCUUGCGGCGGCUGCUGACCGCUGCAGAGAUCUGGUCGCCGUUACAGAUGAUCAGCAAAGAAUACUUCUAACAAAUAAAUCAUGGUGCCGCGUCGUGGGUUCGAGGAUCGAAGAAGGUCCGCGACCUUUGACCGAAGCAAUUAGCGGAGAAGCGCUCCGACUGGCCGCGAGCGGUGUCCGGGACUGGGAGGCACCGAUCAUGCUUCGACGCAGAGCAACCCCUGAUUCCGUACUACUGCCGUGUCGAGGAUCUUCGGUGGCGUUAAACAGAAGUACAUCCCACGUGGUGUUAGUGUGUGAGGCGGCGGGUGUGUUGGAGGGCGAGCGCGCUCGGGGCUCGCUUCAUUCCAUCCGCCGAGGUUCACUGGACGUUAGAUCGGUAGCAUCUGACGGGCUGCGACGGACCUCUCUCGCAAAACUUCAGGGUCUUCCGCUCGAGGCGCCCAUUACUAAGGUGAUAUCUCUUCUCUCUACGGCCACGGAGGGCGCUCCGCCCUCGACUGUGGCGUGUAUCGAGCGUGCGGUCGACAUGCUCCGCACCUCCGAGCUCUACUCCCCCCAGAUGCGAGAAGACCCCAAAAUGAGAGCAGAGGACCCCAUCGCCACCGACCUCAUUGGGGCCUUACUAUCUCGGGAACAGCUCAACACAAACCUUGCUUACCUGCAAGGCACAACAAACGUGCUGUCUUCACGACGAAGCAGCAACGACUCCACGGUGGUCAGGUCCCAAGCGAACAGAACAAACAUGAAGCACAAGACAACAGGUCAACUCCGCGAGGUUUUAGAUACAGCGUUGAGCUGGGAUUUCGAGAUCUUCCGCUUGGAGGAUCUAACACGGGGCCGCCCCCUCACUCACCUGGGCCUCACCCUUAUGGGGGGUCGUUUCGACGUGUGCUCAGCCCUGGAGUGCGAUGAGAGGACGUUACUCCACUGGCUCACCAUCAUUGAGACUAACUACCACGCCGUCAACACCUACCACAACUCCACCCACGCCGCUGAUGUCUUACAGGCGGUGGCGUUCUUCCUGGAGAAGGAUCGUCUGAAGUCAGUGCUGGAACCGCUGGAGGCGGCGGCUGCUUUGAUAUCCGCUGCCGCUCAUGACAUAGACCACCCCGGGACCUCUUCAGCGUUCCUCUGCAACUCGCGGCACUCCCUCGCCAUACUCUAUAACGACGUCUGUGUGUUGGAGUCACAUCACGCCGCGCUCACGUUCAAACUCACUCUCAACGACGACCGCGUCAACAUAUUUAAGAACCUGGAUCGCGACACGUACAAGAACGUCCGCCACAACGUCAUCGACAUGAUCCUCGCCACUGAGAUGACCAAACACUUCGAGCACCUCGCCAAGUUCGUGAACGUGUUCUACGCCAGGAGCAGCGGCAGCAAGGAGGACGGCAUGCAGACUGAUGAACCACUGUCUUUGGACACAACGGCCCUGACUUCGCCAGAAAACGUCGUCCUUAUAAAGAGAAUGAUGAUCAAAUGUGCUGACGUCUCCAACGCAUCGAGACCACAGAAAUUCGCCUUCGAAUGGGCCAGGAGAAUCGCUGAAGAGUAUUUCCUCCAAACGGAUGAGGAGAAGGCCAAGGACCUACCGGUGGUGAUGCCGAUGUUCGACCGCGCCACCUGCUCCAUACCUCGCUCACAGAUCGGGUUCAUUGACUACAUCAUCAUCGACAUGAUGGAGGCCUGGGCCGCUUUCAUCGAUAUGCCGGAGUUAGUGACGCACGCGAGGAACAAUCACGCGCGCUGGCGGGAACUUGACGAGGCGGGAGUUACCACCAUCGCGGACGUGCGACGAGCUCAGAGACAGGCUAUCACCACCAGCAACACCACCGAGGAGUGAUCCGCCUUACAAAAGUUUUACUAAAUCAACAACAAAAAAAUUGACGUUUUUUAAGCUAUGGCUUCAUUCGCAAUUUAAUUGUCGAAUUAAUUGCCAAUGUCAAAACUUGACUUUCUCUAGUUGACAGUUGUCAAUGUAAACCGUCAAACUAUAUGUCAUAUUCACUGUCAACGUCAUUAUGACAUUUUUGUGUAUUUAAGUCUAUGGUGUUUUUUUUUAUCUAUUAUACCCUUUUUCAAUUUAGUGACUUCAAAUUUAUACUGAAUGUCAGAGUGAAAUGAUCGCUUAUAUAAAUGAUUUUUACUCAUAUUUUCUUAUGGAAAUUAUGUAAUAUUGAAAUAUUGUUUGAAAUCAAUUAAUUACUACGAGUCGUUAUUUAUUUUCCCAAUUUAAAUUUUCUUGAUUCAGAAGUCUGGUCGACUCUAGUUAACACUCAUUGAUAAAACUUAAACAAACUACUUACUUACUUAAGCAGAAAAACAAAACUCAAUGUUUAAAAUAAACAAAUUACAGGAUAACAACCAAUGUAAAAAAAAGUCACUAUGACACUACGUAAUGAUACUUAGUAAAAGUUAGUGAUCUAUGAAAUAACAUUUGUGGAUAUCGAGACAAAAUACAUGAAAACCGGACACGACUUAACUGACGGGAGUAACCCGGAUAUGAUUGCGACGUCAACUCUAAAAGUCUGAAACGGAUGAUCGGCGAUGCGUCCGGAGAUACGCUUAUUUUAUACCUAUUGUAUCAGUGUUAGUGGGUAUGUGUAUUAUACUAAUAGCGGUAGACGCCAUGUUUGUAUUUCGUGGAUUUCAUUGUUAUAUCUAAAUGUUAUACGUUACGAGUCCUGCAGUUGCCAUUUAGACGGGUAUUUAUUUGUGUAGUAUACGUAAUAUGUAACCGUGAUGCAGUGCCAUAUGUGUAGUGGCGGGCUGUUUUCAUCUAUUAUCACUCCAUGACAGAGUACGCCAUUCCGCCAUUGUUGUCCAGCUGAUUGUCAUUCUGCGUACAGCCAAAGUAAUCAAUAUGAAUCUAACGCGAGCGCUACAAAGAUUUAUCAUACGGCUGAGACAGCACGAUUAAAUUGUACCAAAUUAAUUCGUGUUCGAUGCAAUGGCAGAUGAUACGGCAUAUUUUAGUCCUCUUUAUUUUGUAUUUUCCAUACAGCUUUCUUCUUAGCUAAUCAAAUCCUAUAAUAAUUGAUUGGUCCACUUACACUUGAGCUUCGAGGAAAAUUCCUAUUUUUAUAUAUAAACUUUUAUAAUAUAUACCCAUUUCGAACUCCAUAUCAAAAUUCCAAAAAAUUUUUGACAUCUUUUCUAAUCUAUAAACUAUAUAAACCUUCAUUUACAUAACAUUAAAGUUUUAUAUGAUGUAUUUUAUUGGAUUAGUAAAUUCUUAUAACCUAGCAGAUAUAUCUUAAAGCCUAACUCGUGUUUCUAUUAAUUUAUUGUAUUCGAAUAAGAUUCAAAGUGUUUAUACUAACUAUAACGACUAUAGAUAACGUAGAACUUUAUUCGUCUACAUGACGCUGGUAGUUUAAGUGAUUUACAUAUUGUAUGAGUAAAAUAUAAUAUUACGCUUCCUUGUGCUCAAUGUCAAUACAUAGCGGUCUAAUUGUACUGUUUACAUGUUUACCUUAUACUAUGUUAUUUAUAAGUUUGUGUUCAGUCUCAUAUAGAUUGUUAACAAUAUUUUGUCCCUACUAAUGAAGUACACGUAUGUUAGUUAUAAUUUUUAUUGUACUUUGCUAGUUAGCUCAAUUGUGUGACGCCCGCGUACGAUAUUUGUUUAAAGUAAUGUUUUUAUUCUCUCCUCUAUUCCAUUUAAAGGAAGUAAUCUCAGAUUGUUAUGCUACUGACCAAUAUAGAUGACAGUGUUGCCAUGUGUUAUUAUAAUUUAACUAUAAUUUUUGGAUAAAAAGUGUACAGCGCCCUUAGUAUAUGGAUUAGGAUAAAUAAAAUAAAAUUUCAAGUUUUAAGCCUAUUACAUACUGAGAGCACUGUACUGAAAGUUUGUAGUUAACGAUCUUAGUAAUAUAGAGGAGACUUUAACAUUGAAUAGUAGAUGUUUUAUUUAUGCUAAAAAUAUAUAUUUUAAAAAGGCCAUGAUUAAUAUAAUUAAUGUUAUAGUUUAUGUUACUUGUAAGGUUUGAAUAAGGGGGCUGGUCCCUGGAGCGGAUUGUUGUGUAAUUUAUAUGAAGAAUAUAUAAAGACGGAAUAUGUUUAAAAAAAAAUGUACUUUUUAAUAUCGAUCUUGAUGUUUUAAAUUUUUAAUAUUACUUUGUUGCUUCAAUCAAAUAAUAUAUAGCGAGUUGUUUUAAACGAUGUAACUUUCAAGUAGGCCUUCACGAUGACAAAGGUUAUAUAAAUGUAUUUGCGAAAUAAAAAAAAAAUAUAAUGUUUUAAUAAUGUAACAUUUUAAACUGAUUUCCGAGUAUUAUAUGUCCUGUUUAAUGAAUGACAUUGUUAAGUGUUGUGUAAAUUAAGAAAUACUUACAAU